ACCCGCUAGGCCUUCUCUCCCGCCCCCACUUCAUCGCCUCUCCCCUGUCUCUGUUUCCAAGGUUGUUCUCUUACAGCCUUUUUUCUGACUUUCUUUUCCCCUUGACCCCUUCCCCUCCACGGAUCCCCGCCCCCCAUACCCCGGGGCGAAGGGGGUGUGUCACGCUCCUUUCUAUUUACAGUGUCCCAGGGGAGGGGGUGCGUGGUGGAUUUUUUUUUUUUUUUCAUCUGCUGGGCCCAGAGUCACGAGGUGUCAUGUCUGUGAUUCGGUGUCGAAGCCUCCUCCCGCUUCCCUGCCUGUCCCCUGCGGCCGCAUCUCCUGUCCGCUUUUGUCUGCUCUCUGCCUCCAUUCCCGUCCUUUUCGCUCUCAUCUUUGGGCGCUUUGUGCAGCUGCCUUCUUUGUCUCCGCCUCUCCGGCGACUGGGCUCUCCCUUCCCUCCCUCUCCUCCCUCCCCCAGUGUCAAGAAGCCAUCGGCCUCAAGGGCAUCGAUAUUUCAGGGUCAUGAAGCUGGAAGCCAGCUGUGGCACAGCAACCUCAGAGGUCCCUAAGCCGGAAAAGAAGACUGCCCGAGAUGCAGAGCCAAGCUCUGAAACCCGGCCACAGGAGGUGGAGGCCGAGCCCAGGUCGGGAUCGGGGCCUGAGGCUGAGGCUGAGCCCCUGGGGGCUGAGUCAGGGCCUGAGGCCAAGGCCGAGUUGUCGGGGGCCGAUCUUGGGUCAGGAUCGGGGCCUGAGGCUGAGGCCGAGCCAUUGGACUUCGUGGUGGCCACGGAACGGGAGUUUGAGGAAGUGCUGGCCAUCUCGGGGGGCAUCUACGGUGGCCUGGACUACCUUCCUAGCCGCUACCACAGCUGGCUCCGGGACCCCGACCGCACGGUGGUGCUGGCCAAGCGCAACGGAGGCGUGAUCGCGCUGGAGUCGGUGAACGUGAUCGACGCCGGGGAGACGGCGCUGGUGGAGGGGCUGCGCGUGGCGCCCUGGGAGCGCGGGAAGGGCGUGGCCGGGCUGCUGCAGCGCUUCUGCUCGCAGCUGGUCAAGAGACAGCACCCGGGGGUCAAGGUAGCACGGCUCACCCGGGACGACCAGCUGGGCCCCCGGGAGCUGAAGAAAUACCGCCUAAUCACCAAGCAGGGCAUUCUUUUGGUCCGAUUCAACGCGUCCGCGCUGCUGGCCGGGCUGGGCGCGCGGCUGGCGGCGCUGCGGACCUCUGGCACCUUCUCGCCGCUGCCCACCGAGGCCGUGUCCGAGGCAGGCGGCGACGUGGCACGCCUCCUGCUGUCGCCCUCCGUGCAGCGCGACGUGCUUCCGGGCGGGACCAUCAUCCAGGACUGGCAGCCCUACCGGCCUAGCGAAAGCAACCUGCGCCUGCUGGCGGCCAAGGGCCUGGAGUGGCGCGUGGACAGCCGCGCGCGCCCGCGCGUGCUCACGCUGUGCACGCGCCCCUUCCCCAUCCCGCACGGAGGGGACGGCACUUGGCGCUAUCUCAACAUCGACGCCUUCGGUAGCGACGUCGCGCAGGUGCAGAGCCAGCUGCUGUGGCACCUGCAGCGCCAGGCCCCGCGCCUCGUCGGCCUCAACGUCAUGUGCCAGCUCUUCCUGGAGCCCCAGCUGUGGUCACAGCUGGCUGACUUCUGCCAGGUCGGGCUGGGGCUGGAGCUGGUGAAGGGUUAUACUGAACAGUACCUGCUGGAGGCCGACAUCUGAGGCCUCUCCUCUGGCGGGGAGGGGGAAAAAGACCCGCCCCCUUCCGCAGUUUCCCCAGCCAGCCUCUUUCCUGCCAUUUCCGACGCUGCGUCUCCUGGGAAGUCCCCUCUGACUCCUGCCCUCCUGCCCUUACUGGCGCAGGUCCCCCCACUCUGCCCCUUUUCCCCUUACUAUCUUGCCUCUAGCUCCCCCAAACACCAUUGCCCAUUCCCUGACCUGAACUUGCGGACUAUUAGGUGUGGGGUGGGGGUGGGGGCCUUGAGCUGCUGUUAUCCACCCUCUGUUUUUCCAAAGAACUGGUCCCCGCACAGGCUUCAGAGUCCUUCCUUCCCUCUCCAUCACCUCACCGGGGGCGUGAACUCCCCCUUUCCUGGCUUCUCCCUUCUGCCCCCUCGUGGGUGGAAGCACUCAGGAGUGUGUGGGAUGCCCAGCCUCGUUCCCGAGCGCAGCCGCCCAAUCCGCGUUUCUUUUCUUCCUUCUGCCCUUUCUAAAGCCCUAAAAACUGGUCCUGCACUGCCCUCCCCACCCCAAUCCCCUCCCCCUGCUCAAGCUUCUGGUGCCAGAGAUCAGUGCCCUCUCCCCACUUCUCUCUAGCCCCUCAUCCUCAUCCUCUCUGGAUCUCUACGACGCUUAACACCGCAGUGCCCAUUUUUCUGUCCCUGUUUUCCUUCCCAUCACCAGCCCAGUGUGCAAUCCAGAGAGAGAGAGUGAUACUGUAAAAUGAAAUGUAUUUAGAAUGCUCCCCCAUUUGGGUCCUUGUUCAUCUGGUGAUGCGCUUUCUGAGCCUGCCUCUCUCACUGGGGUUUCCUCCUGCUUUGCACAACGUUGCUAUUUCGCAGGCUCCCCCGUGCCCCAGCUCACCCGAGCGGUGGGGGGGAGGGUGGUGGUGGGGGUGUGUGUGUGGUGUGGUUCUAGCUGGAGAGUUUGGUACAGUGGAGGGCAGGUCCCUCAGCCUGGCAUAGGGGCUGUCUCCUGAUUCCAACCAGGCCGCCUUCUAGUGCAACUGGAAUUCCCACCUCCUGGUAUUUCUGGACACCACUCCCUUUCUCUGGAUCAUUUUUGCUUUUAGAACUUUGAGAGUCUUCUAUUUAAUUGCAAGUAGUAACAGCUGCAUCUGCACAGCGCUGUCUCCAAUACUGGUUCCCCACAUCAAAGGCAGAGGGAGAAAACAGAAGGCUGGGAAAGAUCAAAGUGACUUCUAAGUCAUUCAAAGUAGCUAGGAGCCUCCCAGGGAAUAGAACCCGGGUGUCCCAAGCCUAGAGCAUGACCUAGAACUUCACUCUGUGGGAUGAUGUUAGCUUCAGCUUCUUGUUGGGCAAUGCAUAGGUGCUAGGAGAAUGUUGACAGUGAGUUCGGGGUUCGCUGGGGAUGGGAUCCGAGAUGUGGGCAGAGGUGGACACCAGCAGGUGGAAGAAUGUGGACAAGGUGGGGGGUGGGGGCAGCCGCCGCUUCGCCACUUUCCGCAGCUCUGGUUUUGCUACUGUGCUGCUCUCCUUGGGUGCAUCCUGUGCCUGGCCACGCUGCCACCCUCCUUGUCACGGUGACCACGAUUGUAUGACAAUAAAAUGGACCUUUUGGCCACCCUCUGUGUCUGUUUCACUUCCCAAUGGGGAGAAAUGAGACACAUUAUCUUCCCCUUUCCCCAGCAGCCUGUAUCAGAGAGGAUCUCUAAGCCCUGUGGCAAUGGGGCUAAUGACUUCCCGGGGAGAGGGGGGAGGUGGAGAGGGGUUCUGAGGAGGGCUGCUGGCUGUGCGCCCCUACCCCACCCCUGCCAAGCGGAGGAAAGAAGCCGCUGCUCAGGAUCGAGGUGGGCAGCAGCACGGCCUCCUGACUCGCCCUGGGCCUCGCUUUUCCCUGGACCUGGGAGUCGGCUGCUACCCAGUUCUGUGAGUUCUUCUCCCAAGUCCCACUUGGCAUCCAAGACCAGCUUCCAUCAGCCAGGAUCCAGGCAUCUAACCCCCAGUUCCAGACUUGCCCGUGGCCAGCCGGGAUCGCUUUCCCCUUUUCUAGGUGGGCAACCGGUGAUGGGUGGAGAAGGUGGAGAGAGCCUGGGCACCGCCCCCGCGGAGCCAGCUCUGGAUCGGCGGAGACUGCGAUCCCCCAAAGUAACACACGGGGGCGCCAGGACGUGCGCGGACGCGGGCAAGGCAGCACAAGAGCUGAUGGGCUUUCUUCUGGGAAAGUCGAGCCACUGAUGGAAGCGAGAAGCCACUGCUGGUUAUAGAGAGAAAGCACGU